GAAAAGAAAAAAACAGAGCCUUCGCUCGUUAGUUUCCGAUCCAUACACACCACGAUCGAUUGAAUCUCGACCGGAACCCUCGCCGUCACGAGCCGCGGCGGGCCUAUGGCGAACAAGGACCUCACCUUCCCACAGGUGGUCUUCAACCCCUCGACUCCGACCUACCGCCGGCACACUAUCGCCUGGACUUCCACCUCGAACCCGCUGCUGCCCUUGGACGACGAGCCGCCGCUUCUCGAUGAGCUGGACACCCCGACCGAAUCUCUACCUCGCCGAGGCGGAACCGUCGCCGCCGCCGCACCAGCCAUGGUGAACAGAUACCUCCCCUUCUUCCAAGGGGUGGUACUCAACCCGUCCACGCCGACCCACCACCCUAUCCCCGGGAACGGGAACGUCGCCGCCAACUUGGACGACGAGCCGCCGCUUCUGGAGGAGCUCGACAUCGACACGGGUCUCAUCUGGCGGAAGGCGGUCUCCAUCCUCCACCCCCUCCGCUCCGUGGACCCGUCCCUCCACGCGGACGCCGACCUCUCCGGCCCCGUGCUGAUCCUACUAUCCUUGGCCCUCUUCCAGCUCAUGGCCGGGAAGCUCCACUUCGGGAUCGUCCUCGGCUGGGCCACCGCCGCGUCCUUCUUCCUCUACUUCAUCUCCUCCAUGCUGCUCUCGCCGGGACGAGGAGGCCGUGGCGACUUCAGCCUCUACAGGUGCGCCAGCCUGCUAGGCUACUGCAUGCUCUCCAUGACCAUCUUCUCGGCGGUGUCUCUGUUCCUGCCGCGGGGCGGCGGGCUCAUCUUCGCGGUGGGCAUGGGGUUCGUGCUGUGGUCCACCAGGGUCUGCAGCAGGCUGCUGGUAGCUUCCGGCGGCCAUGGCGAUGAGCAUCGGGGGCUCAUUGCCUACCCGUGCUUCCUCGUCUUCAUGCUCUUCUCCCUGCUUGUCAUCUUUUGAUGCUGUUUUUGGUUGGUAUUAUGCAAGAACAUCAUGAUGAUGAUUAUUAUUAUUAUCCGAUAAUUGUUGUUCUUCA